AUGACCGAGUUAUUAGAUAUUGAAAAUGCCAAGGCAAAGAUAAACCUGGUGUUUUCAUAUUGGAAGAACGGUGAUAGUAAAGAAUUUAGUAAGAGCAAUAUUUUUUGUGUGUUAUCAGGAAAAUCAAGUAAAGAUGAAAAUGCCACGAUACAAGAACAGUUUCAAAUGUGGUUACUAGGAUAUCAAUUAACUGAAACUUUUUUUUUAUUUUUAAAAAAUGAAAAAUUAAUAAUUCUAACAAGUGACAAGAAGAAAAAAUUUUUGCAGCCACUUUUGGAAAAUAUUGAUGUUGUAGAAGUUUUAGAAAGGAAUAAUGACAACAUAGAUAAUUUUGAAAAAAUAAAAAAGACUAUUGAGGAUUCCAAAUCAGAAGAUAUAGCUAUAUUAAAAGAUACCGAUGCAACAGGAAUUUUUUUUGAGUGUUGUUAUGAUUUUAUAAAAAAAUUAAAUAAAUUCGAGUUAGAUGUAAGUAAUAAUAUAAAACAUUUACUAAAUUUUCGUUCAGACUCUGAUAUGAAAAUACAGAAAAAUGGAAGUGAUAUAGCUUGCAUCAUAUUAAAAAGUAUCCUCAUUACAACUAUUGAAAAUGCAUUAGAUAGUGAAGAAUUUGAAAGUCAUGAGAUGAUAAAAGAUAAGGCAUUAAAAUUUCAUGAAAAUAAAAAAUGUAUAAUUAAGUUAAGAGACAAAUUAAAAGUGGAUAUAGAUGAUAUAGAUGUAAUAUAUAGUAAUGUUCAGAGUGGGAAUAAAUUUAUUUUAAACUACAAAAAUAGUAAUGAUAAAAAUUAUUUAUCACAGAAUGAAGGUACAAUACUUGUAGGUAUAGGUAUUAAAUAUAAAGAGUUAUGUUGUAAUAUUACAAGGACACUACUACUCAACGCGAAAAGUCAACAUAAGGAAUUAUAUAAUUUUACUGUAGCUAUUGAAAAGUAUAUUAUAAAAGAAUGUUUGAUUGUUAGUAUGUCCUAUUCAGAUGUAUAUAAAAAGGCAGUAAAUUAUCUAAAAAGUAAUAAAAGAGAGUAUAGCAGUUUAUGUGAUAUCGACUUAGAAGAUUACUUUGUUAAAUGUAUAGGACACGUUAUCGGAUUAGAAUUCAUGGAAAAAGAAUUUCUAAUAACGGAAAACAAUGUAAAUACUGUUAUUGAAAAGAAUACUUCUUAUAAUCUAUCAGUAGGUUUUGAAAAUGUACAUGGAUAUGAUAAAAAUAAUUUUGCAAUUUGGAUUAGUGAUACCAUAUUUAUAAAUGAUAAAGGCGAAGUAACAAUACUAACAGAUGCUAUAAGCAAAGAAAUUAAUACAAUUUCAUACGAAUUGGAGGAUAGUAAAAGCGAUGAUGAAGAUAAAACAGAUGUAAAAAAAGAAAUAAAAAAUGAAGACAAGAAGAAAACCGGUAUAUCAGCUAGUAUAUUAAAUAAUGCAGCAAGUGUUAUCGUUUCGGAUCGUUUAAGAAGAAGAAAUAAAAAUUCAUUAGCACAUAAUAAUGAACAAGAAAUGGAAGAAUUAAAUAGAAGACAAAACGAAUUGAAGGAAAAAAAAAUGAAUGAAAUAAAAUUUCGAUUUUCUAAAGGAACAAGUGAUUAUAAAGAUUUAAGUAAAAAAAAUAUUAAAAAGUUAGAAGACUUGAAAACAUAUAAUGAUGCAGAUUUGCUUCCAAGAGAUUUAAAACCAAAUUUAAUAUGUGUUGAUAACAAACAUGAAUGUAUAUUAUUACCAAUUAACGGAGCGCAUAUUCCUUUUCAUGUAUCUACCAUAAAAAACUUAAGUUCGAAUUAUGAAGAUAACAAUGAUAUCUUUGUAUUACGUAUAAAUUUUCAAGUACCAGGUAAUCAGAGUGUUGUUAAGGGAGAUUUUAAUGCCUUUCCAACAUUACAACAAAAAGAAAUGUAUAUAAAAGAAUUGAUAUUUAAAUCCAAUGAUGAAAAACAUUUGCAAAUAAUAGUGAAACAAGUAAAAGAAUUAAUCAAACAAGUUAAACAGAAAGAAGUAGAGGCAGAUGUAAAUGAUCCCAAACAUGCACAAGACAAAUUAAUUUUAAAUAAAAGUGGAAGGAGAAUAAUACUACGUGAUCUGAUGACUAGGCCUAAUAUAUUUACAGGAAGGAAAAUUCUAGGUACGCUAGAAUUACAUUCUAACGGUUUGAGAUAUUCAGCUAAUUCUAGGGGGAAUACAGAACAUAUAGACAUCCUUUUUGAUGAUAUAAAGUAUGCAUUUUAUCAACCAUGUGAUGGACAGUUAAUCAUACUAAUACAUUUCCAUUUAAAAAGAUAUAUUAUGGUAGGAAAGAAAAAAACUUUGGAUGUUCAAUUUUAUUGUGAAGCAGGUACACAAAUUGAUGAUUUAGAUAGAGCAAAAGCAAGAAAUGUUUAUGACCCAGAUGAAAUGCACGACGAAAUGAAAGAAAGGGAACAAAAAAAUAAAUUAAAUUUAAUUUUUAAAAAUUUUGUACAACAGAUGCAAGAUAUAUCUAAAAUUGAAUUUGAAAUACCUUAUCCAGAAUUAACCUUUUCUGGGGUACCUAAUAAAAGUAAUGUAGAAAUUUUUGUUACUGCUAAUACUAUUAAUCAUCUUGUUGAAUGGCCUCCAUUUAUCUUAUCUGUAGAAGAUAUUGAAAUUGCUUCUCUAGAAAGAGUUCAUCAUGGAUUACGAAACUUCGAUAUGAUUUUUGUUUUUAAAGAUUACACAAAACCAGUUAAAAGAAUUGAUGUUAUUCCUACUGAAUAUAUUGAUACAAUCAAAAAAUGGCUAACUACUAUUGACAUUGUCUAUUAUGAAGGAAAGAAUAACCUACAGUGGGGUAACAUUUUAAAAACAAUUUUGGCUGAUAUUGAUUCUUUUGUCAAUUCGAAGGGUUUCGACGGGUUCCUGGGAGAAGACGACGAGGAAGAUGAGCACUCCGCCGAGGAUGAGGACGAGGACGAUGAGUAUGAAGUCGACGAGUCCGAAUUGAGUGCAGAGGAUGACAGCGAUUACGACGACAGCGAAGAAGAAAGUUUAGCUACUGAGAGUGAUGGAGAAGGGGAGGUAGAAGAAGACUCGGAAGAUGAAGGCCUAUCGUGGGAUGAGCUCGAGGAGAGGGCAAAAAAAGACGACAAAAAACGAUUUGCCUACAAGAGUGAUGACGAUGAGGAAGGAUAUAAUAAAAGGAAGAAGAAGAAGAACUAA